AGUUCGCGUAUAGUUCGAACACUCGCCUGCACGCGGUGCGAGGAUAGCCAGAAUCAAUACGCGUUCUGCUCGAGAAGCAAGCUCUAAUAAACGAAUUCCUCAUGUUUCGAAAUUAUUUGUGACUAAUAUAGCUGCGCGUGUAAAGCGUGAAAAAUCUAAGGGCUAAGUUCUUACUUUAACUAUCUCCGGAGUGCUGCCCGCAAGACAUUGCACUGAUAAAGUGCAACGACAACGGCGCGGAAUACGGAAUGCGGAUUCUGUGUUUAUAAUGCGUAACUUCUGUAACAAAGAGCAAAUGUGUCCUAAUGCAAAUAAAAUAAUGCUAAUGUGACAGAUAACUUUUUCGCAUGCCGCACGUUAUUGGAAAAAAAUGUUUGUUCCUCGAACUGGUCAUGAGCCUAACAAUUUCGAAAUGUGACGUUUACAAUUACGGCCGCACUAGCUUUCUAAAUCUAAAUCUUUCUGUAAAAAUAACGCGCUUACCAUCUCGCGCACGCAGCUGUCUGUAAUCUACUAGAAGAGGAAAAAUUUGCUAUGCACUUGCAUUUCGAACGGAACACAAAUGCCAAAUGUGACUGUGCCAUCCUGUCUCUCACAUGGAUGGGAAAAGUACCCGACGAACUACCAGAGGACGAGGGCUGGAAGCUGAACCGCACCAACUACUACCAGGAGGGCUGGCUGGCGACGGGCAACGUGCGCGGCAUAGUGGGGGUGACGUUCACCACCUCCCACUGCAAGAAGGCCGGCGACUUCCCGCUGCGCACCAACUACAACCUGCGCGGACACCGCUCCGAGGUUAUCCUGGUCAAGUGGAAUGAACCGUAUCAGAAGCUUGCAUCAUGUGACAGCUCAGGGAUUAUUUUUGUAUGGAUCAAGUACGAAGGCAGGUGGAGCAUCGAACUUAUCAAUGACCGCAACACGCCUGUCACCCACUUUUCUUGGUCGCAUGAUGGACGAAUGGCACUUAUUUGUUACCAGGAUGGUUUUGUUUUGGUUGGAUCCGUGGCUGGCCAAAGGUACUGGUCGUCAAUGCUCAAUUUGGAAUCCACUAUCACGUGUGGUAUAUGGACUCCUGACGAUCAGCAGGUUUAUUUUGGCACCACAGCUGGCCAGAUCAUUGUCAUGGAUGUCCACGGGGCAAUGGUCUCCCAGGUGCAAAUCGGUUCUGAGGUUGGCAUCACAAGCAUGGCGUGGUCCUGUGAAAAGUUCAAAAUGGAAGAAGGGGACGAUGCAGAUCUUAACGGUACGCAGCCAGAAGAACGUACCUUCGUGCUAGCAGUGAGUCUGCAAAACGGAUUUGUGUUCCUGAUGAAGAGCUUCGAUGACGUUUCCCCAGUUCAGGUGCACACCGGUCUCUCUGGACCGUUGUGCAUUGAGUGGAGCAACUCCAGAGAGCUCCUUGCCGUGGCUGGCAGCUACCAGCAGCCUGGAUCCGCUGACUACACCAACGUCCUCAGGUUCUAUUCCGACGCUGGAGUCCUCAUCUAUUCGACAUCCAUACCCUACACUCAGUCGCCGGUGACGGCGCUGACGUGGGGCCACAACGACAAGCGGCUGUUCGUGGCGACGGGCUGCCAGGUGCAUAUCGCGUGGGUGUCGCGGCGCGUCGCGUCGCUGCAGCUGAUGUGCCGGCUGCGCGUACACGGCGAGCUGCGGGCCGAGCACCAGGUGGCGGCGCUGCCGCUGCCCGCGCGCAUCAAGGCGCUCAUCUCCAACCUCUUUGCUCAAACCAUAAGGUGCUGUGUUCCUGAGACGUCCGCCCUGAGGGAGUUCGUGUCGCGCCCGCCUGCGGGCAGCGUGAGGCUCCACUGCACCAUGAUCAGGCACGACGACGACUCCAACCUGAGCUCCGGCACGUGCUACACGCUCUACCUGGAGUACCUCGGCGGCCUCGUCCCGCUGCUCAAGGGCAAGCGCACCAGCAAGAUCCGGCCGGAAUUCGUCAUUUUCGAUCCUCAGGUCGACGAAUCGAGCCUGGGAGGCGACUCGAACCACGACUCUGGCAAGAGCAGCGGCUCCUCCCAGAACGCGGCCAGCGACACCUCGGACACGGAGCGCGAGGAGGGCUGCGGCAGCCCGCGAGUCCAGAGGCGCAAGCGGCGCCGCAACAAGUCGCACGGCGGGGGCGGCGGGGGCGGCGGCGAGAAGGCCGGCGGCGCCGCCGCGGGGGCCGCCGCCGCCGCCGACGCCGAGCAGGAAGACCUCACCUACGUCGACACCCUGCCUGAGCACAUCAAACUGGUGGAAGUGACAUCAAACAUCUGGGGUACGAAGUUUAAAAUCCACGGCUUAGCUCCGUCAGUACCAGCAAACUUGGGCCAGGUCACUUACAAGACUUCGCUCCUCCACCUGCAGCCCCGCCAGAUGACCCUGGUAAUCACCGAACUCCGAGACGACUUCCCACCCGGCCCCGACCCCAACUUCAAUCCAAACCUAUUCUCCGAGGACGAAGAGGAGGCGUACUACCACGAGGAGAGCUCCAGAAUGCCGGCCGGUUACCAGAGCGACAUCGCUCCGCCCAUAGCACCCAUGACUCCGAGAAGCCAUCACACACCGUCCACCAGCGGUCGUUUCGUACAGAGUCGAUCGAGGAUGCACCAGGCACUGCACAGCUCGAAAGCUCACAGCCACCAGAAUAGUAUAACUAUAUCUAGCAACGCGACCGCCGCUCUAGCGAGAGCAGAGUCAUACGAGGACGAAUUCUCGUACAGUGAAGUGACGGAAGCCACGAGCUCUUGUGAAAGUCUCAAAAAUAGUUCUGUUCCUGCUUCCGUUUCGUCUGCAGCGAAAAAUUGUACAGACAGUUACCCGUGUCAGCAGAUGAUAUCCGUGCCUAAUGGGAAUGGUUACAAUGGAAAUGGGUCUUACAAUAACGCCUUAGGUUCGGGCAGUAGUAAUGGCUAUAGUAGUGGUGCUGUUGCACAGAUAACGCGAUCUAACAUCGGAAUGGCCUCCCAAGGUGGACAAUCCCGACACGUCAUUUCGCCACUAGUUUGUGAAGGAGCAGUUCCUGCUCUGCAGUCGCCUAAAAACACGGUAGCUCCGAGCGACGUUUUAAUUGACCGGACGUCCUCGACACAUACUAUGGUAGCCUCCUCGCCGUCCGAUUUUUCCGGUAACAUACAAAGAGUGAAAACCACAAUCGAGCAUAACCAAAACAGGGGCAACGCGGUAACGAAUCUCAGUUUAACGCCGGGAGGGGCAGAGCAAAGCUGCGUCGAAAUGAAACCAGUUGUGGUGAAGAGACUGGAUACUGAGGGGAGCGGCAAACCCCACCAGUCUAAUAAUGGCAGCUAUAGCGAAACGGCGAUCACUUUAGAGGGAAGUUUCACUACGACAAGUGGCCCGUCCUACUGCACGUCACCACACAAAGGGGCGAGCAGUAGCAGUGCGGGCAAGAGAAAGGAGAAGAGCGGCGCGACGAAAUCGAGUCCUAGUGGGAACCAGAUAGGUAUUGCGGGCAACAAGUGGUGCGUUACGAAACCGGAAGAACUGCUCUUCAUCGACGAAGACGGAUCGGGCGAGCCGGUCGCUCCGGAAAGGGGAGUCAGGCGUAUCCCGACUUCGGUAUCGAUAGCUCCCUGCACAGCCGCUUGCGUAGCCGACUCCAUGGUGCGCAGCUGCAGCGUCGGCUACCUCGAUAUGGUCGACGUCAACAUAGUCCCGUGCGACGUAGCCCUGUCCAUGCUGAGGAAGGACACGCCGAAGCGCCUAGUCCUGGUGAACAGGAAGAAACAGCGGAAACACAAAAGCAAGCAGCACCAGAGUCGCGAGGGAGGCGACAAGGCGAAGGACAGCUGCGCGGGGCUGCCCAAGCUGAAGCACUGCGGCAAGAGCAAGAGCCUCGACUCUAGCGAUCUGUUUCCGACCAGCGAUACGUCCGAGAGCAGUUCCACUGCGGAUCCUCCGUCCACGAAGAGAUCGACCGACCGUGCCAGGAAGGAGACCGGCUCGGCGAGCGCGAGCGCCGAGGUGAGUCGCGAGUCGUCGUCGGCGUCGUCGCCGCCGCCGGCAGCCCCGCCGCCGCGGGAGUCUCCGCCAGUCGGCGAGCGGCACGCUGAGGUGAGAGCCGGUGGCGCGCAGGCAGUGCUGGCGCCAGCGCCGCUGUCGCCAGCGGCGAGUCCGCCCAGCGCGCCACGGAGGCAGCAGCAGCACGCGCUGGCGGCGCUCGAGAGCCUGGCGUCGCGCAUCCGCGAGCUGGACGAGACGCACUCGCUGCCGCCGCCGUCGCCCUGCGCCUCCCCGCGGCUGCCUCGCAGCAGCCCCGCCAGCCCGGCGCCCAGCAAGAAGGCCGCCAAACGCAACCAGUCCUCGUCUCCCAUCAGGAAGCAUUUGCUCAAUUCACCACUUUUGUCAAGGCGACAGCGCAAGAACAAAAGUAUAGAAAGUUCUGACGACGAAAUCGUCCACUCAGGAGAUGAAAUAUUUAAUGGAAGAAAUUAUAGGGAUUUAGAAAGUUUCCAAAAAGCACAGUUGCGACAAAAACUAAAACGUGGCAAAGGUAUUGACGGCAGUCCAACGCCUCAGAGUCCACGGCGCAGAGAGUUCGUGAUGCACAACAAAGCUCCCAUGUGGAAUGAGAGCAGUCAGGUGUAUCAGCUUGACUUUGGUGGGAGAGUGACACAGGAAUCUGCUAAGAAUUUCCAGAUUGAAUUCCGAGGCAAGCAGGUGAUGCAAUUUGGCCGCAUUGAUGGAAAUGCUUACACUCUAGAUUUCCAGUAUCCUUUCUCAGCACUCCAGGCAUUUGCUGUAGCUCUUGCUAAUGUUACACAGAGGCUUAAAUGAAUGAGGGAUCAUAUCAACAUAAUUCAUCAGUGGAUUAUUAUAUGCAGAGGCUGUAUCAGCACAACGGUAGCAGUGUAUGAUGUGGGGCUGAAAGUCCACCCAGUUUUUUAAGAAAAAAAACUGCCAAUGUUUGUUUUCAGAUAUUUAAUCAGAGAUAAUAUUUUAAAUAUGGUGCCAGCUUUUUAUUCAGAAGACAGUAACUUUUAACUGCACUUAUUUAUUGAUUAUGCCUUAAAGGCAUCUUAUUCAUUUCUGAAAUGUCACAUGAGAAUCUGGGCCUAUGUAAUAAGUAUAAUUUGAAACUAAAAACACUUGCUGUAUCGUCCAAAUAAUUUCAUACAUGCUAGGGAAGCUAGAAAGGCCACUGCUAUAAUACUGGUGUGUUAUCAUUCAGAAACUAGUUGUAAUUUAAUGAUGAAAUUUUAUAUGGAAGUGCUACUAAACUUUUAUUUUUUAUUGGUUAUACAAAUUGUGCAAUGGUAUCAAUUGUAAAUGAGUGUCUUUGACUCCUAACGAAUGUUAUAGUGUUAUCUAGUCAAUUUUACAUUGAAGCUGUUGGUCCAUGAAACUAUAACUGAAUGUGUAUCAUUAAAUAUGUAGAUCUGGUUCGUAGUGAGUGAUAUAAUAUUGUGUAAGAAAGAAUUGCUUUAUAGAUAUCACUGGUGUUACAGAAUGAUUAUCUUUGUUAUGUCUUAUUACGAUGUGCAGUAAAUCUACUCUGAAAGAAAAGUUUAAUUUCCUCACCUUAGAAGUAAAUAUUUCUUUGUAAAAGUUCAUCUAACAUUUUCCCUAUCGUAUUAUGUCACAUAAUUAGUGUGAGUUUUAUAAAAAAGGGUUCACAUGCUACAAAUGUAUUUAUCACAGGCCUCAAUUGUUGUGUUAGCUUUGUAUUGGAUCUGGUUUUUUCACUAUCUGCCUAGAAUAUAUACUUAUGACUCAGAUCCAGUAAAUAACUUUAAAAAAAAUCUGUGGAGGAACUCAGAAAGUAUUCUUUAAACAUUGAUAAACAAGAAGUUCUGUCCAGGCAUCUACUUCAGUUCACAUUCUUGCACAGUGAUAAAAAGUAAAACAAUCCUGUAAUUCGAAUUUUAUUAUUUUUAUAAAUGAAUGAGUUAAAAACACAAUAUUGAUAUACAACAAUUACAUACCACAAUCUAAAAUUUCUCUCUCCUUUACAAGUGCGUCAAAUGGAUGUUUACAUAACUCAUUCCACAUGAUAUAUCUGGAACUGAUGAAGCAUAAUUUGUUUUACAAUGUCACCACUUUUCCUGUCUCCUUGUUAUUAUCUUGUUGCUUAACAUGAUUUAAACAUUCCAUCUGUAAUAGUGAUGUAUUCUCCUUCAGUAAAGCUUUGGAUGGACUAUCUGUUGAAAGUGUAAGGUUUGGAUAUUACAGAAACACAAAGGAAAUUAUUAACAACUAGUAGAAGAAAUAAGAUAAUGCAAUAUCAUCACAAGACCAAAGAAUAAAUGUAGCAUAAGUAUUGUUUUAGUAAAGCUUUUGAUUGUUAAAAAUAGACAUCAUAUUUGUCUAUAUAGUAGGGUCAUAUUUUUACUAAAUAGUAAUGUCUAAUGCUUUCAACCAUUUUUAUUCAGAAGAAUAUAGAAAACGAGAAUGUAAGACUGGCUGGAAGAGGCUUGUAAUAACUGUAUAUGUCAGGAAGAAAUGUACAGUUGCCAGAUACAAGUAUCUGAAAAUAGCUGUGAAAGGAAGGUUAAAAUUUUAGCUUUGUGACGUACAUAGGAAAGGAUUAACAACAGAGAAGACUGCACAUGUUCUAAACCAUAGAAUCAGUAUUUGUGCAGCUUAAAAACUUAAGUAAUUUUAUGUAAAUAAUAAUGAAUCAUUACAAAAUAAAAACAGAAGGUGUUACAUAUAAUCAUGGUGUAACUAUAUAAAAGGAGCAAAUUAUGAAUGUUUAAGCCUGAUGUGUAAACAAAAAAGAGCAUAUGGCAGUCUUGCACUUCUUGACCAAAAAAUGAACAUAAGAUCUUUUUAGGUUAUCAAUCUCAGUCUAAUUUUGAGUUGACUGCAAGGUUUUACAGCAGUUUUAUAGAAAGCUGAAAACUAUUUGUCGCUAUGGAAUAUGUGUAGGUAGCAAAACUAGUUGAUGCAUGAGAAUAUUAUUCUUCAUAGUACUUCUUUUCACACCCUUAAAAUUGAUGACCUAUGAUUUAUCAUUCAUCUUUGCCUUGACAAAAGUGGUUUGUCUGUUAGUUAAAGUUAUAAAACUUGUAUGUUCAUUUAGACUCAUUCUGUAACAACAAGAAUCACAUUGUCAUUGUUUUGUGAACAGAAGCCUCUUAAUGAACAUAUCUUCUGCCACAAGUGUUUGAUAAUCACUAUAAUCGACACCGUAUCAAUUUUUUUUUUAAUCUUAAAAUUUGUGCCAGCUAAUAAUUAUUACCUUGACUGUAUUUAAUGUUGGUCUACACAGCAAUUAAGUAUGCAAUGGGCAGUGAAACCUGAUUGAAGGAAAGUAUGAAAAGGGUUAGACACUAAAUGUUAUCAAAAACCAAAUACACAUUCUUGAUGAAAAAGGAAGAAGCUUAAGAGGAUAAUAAAAAAAGGAAAACUGUGGAAUGAAUGAGUUCUCAAAAUUGCCGCUUAUGAUUAAGUGAUGCAUGAGUAUAAGAUCAUAACAAGAAACAAAAAUAAGGGUACAGAUACACGUAACAGCACAGAAAAUUGUAUGAACUUUUGAAAUUUCACUCUUUUUCUAGUUUACAUACCUAUCUUUCUUUCUCUCUCUCUCUCUCUCUCUCUCUCUCUCUCUCUCUCUCUCUGUGUGUGUGUGUGUGUGUGUGUGUGUGUGUGUGUGUGUGUGUGUGUGUGUGUGUGUGUGUGUGUGUGUGUGUGUUUUUGUGUGUUUGGGGGGAUGGGGGAAGAGAGGGGGGGGGGAGGGGUCUGAAAUGCAGUGAAACAUAAAAAUGCUAGUGCAGCCUUCCUCAUUUUCAUUUGUUGUUUCCAUUGUGGAAGCUGUGAUACACUACACUUUUGUGGAAUGAAAAUAUUCCAGGCCAGUAAAAUUUUAAUAGUUCAUGUAAGUCUCAUUCAUCAUUGUCUGUCCACAUACUGGCUCUUUCUUUAACUGCUUAAUGCAAUUUAAGCUGUCCAGUAGAAUUUCUUUGCAUUUAUUUGUAUUUAACUGUAUCAACGCAUUUACCAGACAUUGUUGAGCUCAUCUCCCAAUAAACAAAUAAAUCAUAACUCGUACUUUUAUACCAUCUUAAGUUACUUGUUGCAAUGACAAAAUACAUUUAAAUUAUUCUUGUCAGGUAAAGAAAAUAGUCAUGUAUACAGGAGAAAUGUUAAUAGGUGUGUAUGAUGCUGACCAGAAAUGUAUUUCAAAAAGGUGUUAACACAUAUGAAAAAUCAAUCUUUAUCAAAGUUAAGAAAACUAUUUUCCACAUUUUGUAACAAUUUUGUUAAUUAUUACCUUUAAUGAUUUUAUGAAACUUGUUAGACUGUUAUAAGUUUUUACACUCAAGUGUCUUUAGCAUUAUAAUUCUGGUGCUAUGAUUGUUUUCAUUGUUGAUGCACCUGAGGUUUUUUGUAAUUUUCCUUGUUUAAACUGUUAACUAAAAUGAUGUAUGUUAAUAAGAACUUUCUCCAAACCUUUCAUGGUUCUCUUAUCACUUCAUCAGAAAAUGUUGAUAAGUAUUUGCAGUGCAGUAUGUCAAAACUCAUGUCAAGUUAUAUUUGGGUGAAAUUAUGUCAUAAUCAGUCAGUUCUGCAACCAAAUCACAACUACAAAAAAGAAAUUUUGAUUCAGGCUUCCGUUUAUCAUGAAUCAAAACGACCUCCCUGAAAUAUACCCAAGUUACACAGUAUCAACGUAGAUAAAUAUAAAAAUAUUUCACAAAUGUAUCUUCCACUGUCCGCAGCUCGUGGUCUCGCAGUAGUGUUCUUGCUUCCCGAGCGUGAGAUCUGGGUUUGAUUCCCUGUGGGGUCAGGGAUUUUCACCUGCCCUGAGAUGACUGGGUGUUGUUGUCUCAUGUUUGUCAUCAUCAUUCAUCCCCAACAGUCGGAGGAACACAACAGCAAACCACCUCCAUUAGGACCUUGCCUAGUACGACAGUGCGGGUAUCCCGCAUCAUUCCCCUACUCUUAGAACAUAGUAGUCUAAUUUAUGCAGCAUUAAGUCAUGCCAGUUUUCUUAGCAACAAAGUAUAAUACAGGAAACAAUAGUAUGAAUUGAUGCAGUAAUUCUCAGUAGUGGUUUCAUUCCCAAACUCCUUUCAGAAUGUCUGCAGCCACAUCUUGUGAUUAAAGCCCUUUGUUGCAAAUUCCAACAUUUCACUUUAUACUAUACUCAUUUUCUUCAACAUAUUAUGUAAAUGAAUGAACAAGUGAUCAGUUAAGUAAAGUUAAGUGGCAUCCAAAUACAGACUGUCUGUAAAGUAACAAGAAAGUUUAUUUACUAUUUAACAUAUGUCAUAACUCUUUUUUUCUAAAAAAAUACUAUUUUUUAUGAAACUCCAAGAAUAUAUAAAUGUAUCUCUGACACCUACACAGCGCUGUCCAUUUUCUUUGUAGAUGUUGUAUGCAUAGCAUCUACCAUUCUUAAAAUACAAUUCACUUUAUCAUUUUCUUCCUGCGGACAUCACAUUUCUUUUGCAUAAUUUCCACAUAAAUUGCCUAAAUACAAUCACACAUGAAAACACACCCAGAAAGACAUUUAGUACUCAGAACAUUCUUUUGAACACUAAGUAAGAAGAAUCAGAAAUGUCUGCAGAGAUACAUGACUGCCAAAAUUUCUUCACAGUGGACACUUAGAAUUGAAAUAAAUCCUAAUACAAUUGGCGGAAAAGAUACAUAAGCUUAC